AUGGAAAAGAUAAAAUGCAAGCAAUAAGAAUUGCCCCAAAACUCACAGAUAGCCAUGUAAAUUUGAACUCAUGUGAAAAAAUGAGAGUUAAUUAUGCUUGCCAGAUUUUUAGCCGGACAGGUGCUUCAGGCAUACAUUCAUAUGCAACCCUUGGAGGUUUGCCAAGGGAAACAGAAGCAACUGCAGAAUUUAUAAAUAUUAUGAAUGAGCUGUUUGAUGUUUUUAAUUCCAGCACAAAGCAUCAUUAUAGAAGUAGGAAAUGUGCAAUUGCAAAAAACAACGACAAUAUAGAGUUUCUUAAAAAAGCAAGAGAAUGGGUUAUGUCCUGGAAAAUUGUUGGAACAAACAGGUAUAUUCCCAGUGUCCAUGGAUGGCUUCUAAAUAUCGCAUCUAUACAGGCAUUAUGGGAAGAUUUAUCAAUAAAUAAUCAUUUAGAUUAUUUACUUACCCGCAGAAUAAAUCAAGACUGCUUAGAAAAUUACUUUUACUGUAUUAGGAAGUCAGGGGGUAAUAAUUAUACCGCUAGCAUUACAAACUUUAUAAGUGCAACGAAAAAUCUUUCAUGCAGUAGUUUAUUGAAAGAUGCUGAAAAUGGAAAUUGUGAUGAUGACCGAACUCCAUUGAUAAUUUUUGUAAAAUACAUUCACCAAGAACACCAUAGUCCAUCCCACAAUGACAGUAGCCUUUCAAAUGGACAGAUAAAUCACGAAAUAAACACUGUAGGUAAAUUAGAUGAAUCUGAAGAAGUAUUACAUAAUAGUGAUAAACAUAUUAGGAACUUUACUUCAACUAUUCAUUCAGCAGAACAACCAGAAGCAAUUUCCCAUGAUUUUAAUUGCAUUGGAGACUUAUUAGAAAAUGUUGAUUUUACUGUUGGUUGUGAAAAUACAGUACCUGAUUUUAGAUCUGUUGAUGGCUUGUUACAAAAUUUCAAUUUUGAUAUACCAAGUAUAACAUCAAAUGAAAAGAGUAACCCAAAUGAUGGUAACAUGACUUGCUUUGAGGACACAACUAGUUCAAUUGAUGAUUGUAAUGAAUCUUUAGAAAAUUUGAUCAUGAAUUUUAAUUAUAAUAUCACAGAUGAAGAAACAGAUUCUGUUAUUAGUCAAUUUGAUUACUCUCAAAUUAAUAAUGAAGAUGACUUCCCAUUUUCACAGUUGAUUGAGGAUAAUAUAAAUUUCCUAUAUUGCAGGGUAUUGUUGCCCUAGGGUAUUACAUAUCCAUAAAUGCAUAAAAUGCAAAAAUAGUCUUGUAAAGAAUUCAGAUGAAAUAGAAAGCUUUAGUUAUCGGGAAACAUUUUCAAAGAAAAAGGGCGAAGAUAACCAAAGAUAUCUAUGCCAUCCAAAUGAAAUGCUGUUUGCAGUUAUUAAAAAAUAUGAAUAUAUUUUUCAGAAAAAUAUAGAAAUGCUUAUGCUCACUUCUGGGAUAAGACAUAAGUUAUUAUUAGAAAUUCAGAAAGUUUGCCUGAAAAGUAUAUCACUGUGUAAAGAUGUUGAGAAGAUACUUGCUGAUAUAUGAGAAUAUUGUAUGUUCCUAAAUUUUUCAAUAAAUCUUUACGAGGCAAAAGAAAAAAUGCUUACACUCCACCAGCCAAAUGUAGAAAAUUAAUGAAAAUAAGCCAUUUGUAAUAAUAUAUUCAUGACAUAACAACCAUUUUUUUUAGGACAUCAGUGAUAUAUUGGUGAGUAAUUUUGAAUUUGUUUGCUAGUUUAUGUAUAUACUUUUUUGUUUUCAUUUUUGUAUUUUGUUUUCUUUUAUUAUAUGAUUUGUUUCUUUUUGAUUGCAGUCUGAUAUGUUACUAUUAUUUUAUUGUAUUGUUAUAUUCUGUUCUUUUGCUUUUAUAUCUAAUUUUAUAGGCUUGAUGUGUUCUUUAGAUGUCAUGUUAAGUUAUUUAAAGAAGGUGUUUAUACAAUCCUACGUCUGUUUCUCCUGCAUGUUUUUGUUUUUUGAUUGCCUUUCGUUCUAGUUUGCAAUGGUAAUAUGAUUUUGUUUGCAAGUAUUACCUUAUUUGCAUGAUUACAUCUAAGCAUGACUAAUUGCUCAUCUUGCAUGCCAUGUUUAUUUAUUCUUUUGUGAUUUGAGACUUUGCACACUUUUUCUUUGCUUGUCUUAGUUUGCUAAUUUUUGUUAAUU